GAGCAGCCGCCGCGGAGGUCUCUGGCCAGUAUUGCUUCCACCUGUCCACAAGCAUGGGGAAUAUCUUUGCAAACCUCUUCAAGGGCCUUUUUGGCAAAAAAGAAAUGUGCAUUCUUAUGGUGGGCCUGGAUGCUGCAGGAAAGACAACAAUUCUAUACAAACUGAAGCUGGGUGAAAUUGUGACCACCAUUCCCACUAUUGGUUUCAACGUGGAGACAGUUGAGUACAAGAAUAUCAGCUUUACUGUGUGGGAUGUGGGCGGCCAGGACAAGAUCCGGCCACUAUGGCGCCACUACUUCCAGAACACCCAAGGCUUGAUCUUCGUGGUGGACAGCAAUGACAGAGAGCGUGUGAAUGAGGCCCGUGAAGAGCUCAUGAGGAUGCUAGCUGAAGAUGAGCUCCGGGAUGCCGUUCUCUUGGUGUUUGCCAAUAAGCAGGACCUUCCCAAUGCCAUGAAUGCGGCCGAAAUCACAGACAAGCUGGGGCUGCACUCUCUACGCCACAGGAACUGGUACAUUCAGGCCACCUGUGCAACCAGCGGGGACGGGCUCUAUGAAGGACUAGACUGGCUGUCCAAUCAGCUCCGGAACCAGAAGUGAACCAGACCCCUCCCUCCCCCUCACUUCCUCUUCUCCGCCCUCCGCUUUCCUCUCAUGUGGCAAACGUGCGACUCUGUGGUCCUGAGUGCCAGAAGCUGUCUCCAUGGGUUGGUCACAGUGUGCAUCGCACCGUGCUGUACAUGUGCAGACGUAGCCUGCAGCCAGGUUUUAUUUAAUGUAAAUAGUUUCUGUUUCCACUGAGGCAGUUUCUGAUACUCCUAUGCAAUAUUACUUAGCUUUUUUAUUGUAAAAAGAGAAUCAACUCACUGUCAGUACUGAGAAGGGAUUUGGGUGUAGGGGCACCUGGCCUCCGGGAGCCAUUGGGCUGUAGACUGGUGUCAGUAUCCAUUUGGUGGUUGGUUUUUACCCAAACUCAGUGCAUUUUUUAAAA